GAUGCGGGGCACGAGCUGCGUGGGCGGCGGCGGGGAGAGCCCCGGGAGCGCGGGGCUGAGCGAGGGCCCGCGCGGCCGCUGGCUGCGCCUGGCCCCGGUGUGCGCCUACUUCCUCUGCGUCUCGCUGGCCGCCGUGCUGCUCGCCGUCUACUACGGCCUCAUCUGGGUGCCCACCAGGCCCCCCGCGGGCCCCGCCGGCCCGGCGCCCAGCGCGCCCUCCGCUCCCUGCGCCGCCCGGCCCGGCCCGCCGCCCGCCGACGCCGACGCCGACGCCGCGGGCUCCUGCGAUCUGGGCGCCCCGGCCCCCCGGCGGGCUGGCGCCACCCCAGCCCGAGCUGCCGCGCAGCCGCCGCCGCCUGACAGCCGGGGAGCCGCCGGAGGCCGCGGCGGGAUGAGGACGCGCGCGCCCCGCCUCGCCCCCCGGAGCUGAUCGGUCGGCCGAUCGCGGGGCCGGGCUCCCGCUUCGUGGCGUCGCUGAGCGUCCCCGGCUGGAGCCGGCUCCAUGGAGCCCAGGAGGCCGAGAGGGGCUUGGCCGGGGCCUCGCCCGCCGCAGCCUCUCCGCCCGCCCGCCCGCCCGCCCUCCCUCUGGACGCCCCGCACCCUGAUCUCCGCCUCCUGAGCCCGGAGCCCGCCGCCCGCCUGCCCGCGCCUCCGAGCAUCGGCCCCACUGCAAUAAACGCCAGCCCCAACUGC